AUGUUAUUUCAAACAAGUACACCGAAAAAACCAACUCUAAUAUCAUUACCUCGUUCAUCAACACCAAAUAAAUUUUAUAAUCUUCUUAAAAAUAAGAUCAAAGAAAAUGAUAAUCGACCAAAAAUGAUAGGUGAAAAAUGUUGUCAACAUUAUCAAAUGCCAAUCAUAAAACUUGAUUUACUUCUUUAUCGACCAAAAACUGACUGUUAUUAUCAUCGUCAAAAUAUUAAACAAAUUUGGGACAUUUAA